AUGCCCAUAUUCAGCGAUAAGAGCCUAAAAGCCGCCGGGUUCUGGAACUUCUUGCGAAAGGACAUCACAUACGCCUUGAUACACGAAUGUCCGCUCAAACUUCGGCUGGAGCGUGCAUCCUCGCAACCUAUUUCCGACGACGAUAUCGCCAACAGUAUGACGCUGUUGCUUGGGCGAGCAAUCAAUGUUGUAUUCGGCGGCCACGAAGAUAAUGUUCUUCCAGACAUCAUGGAAUGGCGGGGGACUCUGUCCAAGCAACCGUUCUCGAGAAUCGAUGAUCGGCCAUUUCCCACUGUUCGAAUGAUACAGGACUCCCAGGUUGCUGCAAUGCAGUACUUCUAUCUUGCGAUGUGCUUGCUUCAGCCGGAAGAGCGCGUCGAAUCCGCAUUGGAGAUCUAUGGGUUGAGUAUGUGUUCGGAGAGCGUUCCGGUGCUGGUCAACUCGUACGGAGCUAUGGUAUUUGCGGCGAAGUGGCUGCAGUCAAGCGAAGAGCAGCAGACGCUGGUCGAUUUUCUGAGGAGCUCGGAAAGGAAGACUGGUUGGGCUGUUGGUGCGCUCGUGUCCAAGUUGAAAGAAGGUUGGGGUGAGUCAGGUGCUGCCGCGCUCAAUCGGUGA